CAUUCUAAAAAAAAUGAAAGAAGUAAGAAAAUUGAAAAUGGAGCACACUUCCAUUUUCUCCAUUCUCACUAUCAUCAUCGUCUUCUCCGAUCUUCAUUUUCUCAACACAGAAGCUCAACUUCCAUCAAACACAACAGGCUAUACUUGCAAACCAGAUCCCACUACAUAUCCAUGUCAAACAUACGUUUUCUACAGAGCCAUAUCUCCUAAUCUCUUAGACCUAGCUUCCAUCGGAGAUCUCUUCGCCGUUUCCCGUCUCUCCAUCGCUGAAUCCAGCAACAUCUCCUCUCCAUCCACACCAUUAAUCUCAGACCAGUCACUCUUCGUUCCCAUCACUUGUUCCUGCACUACCGUCAAUUCCUCUGUAAGCCUUUCUUAUGCUAACCUAUCUUACAAAAUCCAAUCUGGCGAUACUUUUUACUUAGUUUCCACAACACUUUUUCAAAACCUUACAACUUACCAGUCUGUUGAAGCUGUAAACCCUAAUUUAAUCCCUGAACAACUUGACAUUGGAGAUGUCGUUAUCUUCCCAAUCUUCUGUAAGUGUAUAAACAUCACUCAAUUGCCGAAACAUUCUUACCUAAUUAGCUAUGUUUUUCGUCCUUCGGAUACAAUUGAUUCAAUUGCUUCCAGAUUUGGGACAACACCUCAGUCCAUAGUGGAUAUCAAUGGAGGAAACCAGUUUCAGCCUUCUGAAACAAUUUUCGUGCCAGUUUUUCGUCUUCCAAAUAUAACUCAACCUAUUUAUGUGCCUCCUCCUCCGCCUGUUUCUAUUCAUGAAGAUGAUGGGACUGUUAAGGGGUUGGCAAUUGGGUUAGGGUUUUCUGGAUUGCUGUUAAUUCUCGUGAUUUGUUUAUGGAGUUAUAGAGAAAUGGUGGGGAGGAAGAGAGAUGGGGUGAAAGGUGAAGAGGGAAUAAUCCAAGUGGGUAAGAGAGUGCAGUAUAAUGAUAAUAAGGAGAUGGAAGUUAGUUUAUUGAGUGAUGUUUCAGAUCAUUUGGAUAAGUUUAGAGUGUUCAAGAUUGAGGAAUUGAUCAAAGCAACUGAUGGAUUUGAUGAUAGAAAGGUGAUUCAGGGAUCUGUUUAUCAAGGCUCCAUUGAUGGGAUGCUUUUUGCUAUAAAGAGGAUGAAAUGGAAUGCUUAUGAAGAGUUGAAGAUUCUUCAAAAGGUAAAUCACGGCAAUCUGGUUAAGCUGGAAGGGUUCUGUGUAGAUCCCGAGAAUGCCAAUUGCUACCUUGUCUACGAACACAUCGAAAACGGCUCUCUUCACUCAUGGUUACAUGGCAACAAAAAGAAAGAAAAAUUGAAUUGGAAGACAAAGCUCAAGAUUGCAAUCGACGUAGCCAACGGUCUGCAAUACAUCCACGAGCACACACAACCUAAAGUCGUUCAUAAAGACAUAAAAACGAGCAACAUCCUUCUAGACUCCAACAUGAGAGCCAAAAUCGCCAAUUUCGGUCUAGCAAAAUCGGGAUGCAACGCCAUAACAAUGCACAUUGUUGGAACUCAAGGCUACAUUGCCCCUGAGUACUUAUCCGAUGGAAUCGUCUCCACCAAGAUGGACGUUUAUUCAUUUGGAGUGGUCCUUCUCGAGCUCAUCUCGUCUAGGGAAGUUAUUGACGAGGAUGGGAGGGUGAUAGGGGAGACUGUGGAAGAGAUUCUAAAGUGUGGAAGUAAAGAGAUGAGGGAAACUAGGGUUAAAGAAUGGAUUGGAGAUUGGGAGAGUGAUUAUUCGAUUGAGAGUGUUGUGAAUGUGAUGACGGUUGGUUUGGCUUGUUUGAGUAAGAAUCCGUCGAGAAGGCCUAGUAUGGUUGAUGUUGUGUAUGCUUUGUGUAAGAGUGACGAUAACUUGUUAUUUGACGUGUCUCAAGAGAGUUUGUUACCACGCAACAUUAUUGCGAGAUAAGAGGUAGGGUAAUCUUGUUGUGUAUGCUUUGUGUAAGACGACAACAUGUUAUUUGACGUGUCUCAUGAGAGUUUGUCACCAUACAACAUUAGUGCGAGAUAAGAGGUAGGGUAAUCUUGUUGUGUAUGCUUUGUGGAAGAUUGGCGACAACUUGUUAUUUGUUGAGUCUGAGUUUGUCACCACGUAACAUUAGUGCGAGUAAUUUUCACCGAAUUUUAAAUAAUGUUUAUUGUAAUAUUAUUAUAUCUGUGGAUUUGUCAAGAAAAACUCUUCUAGUUUGAUUUAUCUAAUUAAGGUUUAUCGAAAUGAAUUGAGUUGUAAUCAUUUGUUUUUAGUUAAGGUUUAGAGUGUGGUUGAUAUUUGGU